AACACCAGAGCUUUUCCGACGUGUGCUUAGCGAAUUAGGGAGUGGUUUCGGCCAUGCAGCUUUUGUAUAUGCUCGUGAUAUUAUUUUAAUACAGUUUUAAAAUCAAGCCUGUUACUGAGCCACGUUUUGUUCUGCAUUUGCUGCUGACUAAGGUUCUAUAAAAGCCUUGUGUGGAUUUCACCUACUUAUCUUAAAACUUUAAAUUACAAGUCUGUUUAUAUCGUUGUAUAUGUUUAACAAAUAUGAGCAUUUCUCACAAGGGUGGUCAAAUGAGUGAUGUCGUGGAAGAAAACUGCAAGGAAAGCAGUGCUUCCCAGGAAACCUCUGCAGAAAAAAACGUGUCUCCUGCUAAGGACUGCUCAAUAGGAUACAAGAAAUUGAUGAAGCUGAGGGACAAAACACAUAAUUCUGCCUCUCACAUGGCAACAUGCAAACCCCAUGUACCAGAGUCAUGUGUACAGGGCAAUGGUUGCUCCAUCUCUGGUCAGGAUACACAGUCACAAAAACUCGAGAAACAAUUAAAAUGCUUAACCUUUCAAAAUCCAGGACCUCAGGUAGCUGACUUCAAUCCUGAAACUAGACAGCAGAAAAAGAAAGCAUGCAUGUCACAGAUGAAACAAAAUUUUUUGUAUGAGUCCAAAUUUACAAAGAAGUAUGACAAACAUGGCAGGCUGCUUUGUAAUGACAUAGAUUUAUGUGAUUGCCUGGAAAUGGACUGCCUGGGUUGCUUCUAUCCUUGUCCCAAAUGCAAUUCAAACAAAUGUGGACCAGAAUGUCGCUGCAAUAGAAAAUGGGUUUAUGACACGAUUGAGACUGAAGCUGGGGAUGUGAUCAGUGCACUACCAUUUUUUGUCCCUGACUGAUUAUGUUCUGUUAGUUUUUGUGUCUGAACAUUGUUCCUUUUUCUUCAUGUUUUAUUGAAGUAAAUCUUGGUUUUAUGAAUUGUCUCUAGUGAAGUACCUGGCAGUGGUACUUGUGCUUCUUUAUUGCUGCCUACCUAGCAAACUUUACCAUUUCCCGUAAAGUAAAAGUGUAUAUUUCAUUCUUCUUUAUCCUUGUGAUCUUUGCUAAGGUGCCUAGUCAAUCCUUUCGAAACCUUGACUUUCUAAAAUUGAAGGUGUCUGAACUGUUAUGGGAAGAUAAUUUUCUUACCCUGAGAAGCUGAACUGCAUUACUUGUAAUGAGGGGUUUUCGCCAAUUUCUCUGCUUGUUCAUUUACUCAGAUGUGUGACAUAGCUCCUUCUUUUGUGUAGGCUUGUCAUAAGAGCCUUUUCAUCCUGGUGCAUUCAUUCCUCAUACAGGUAAGGCAGGAGGCAUUUGAGAUAACACUGUCCUUUGAAACUAGGUCACUCUUUUUCACGUUCAUCUGUAUAUUAAGCAAAGGAGAGUGGAAACAACGCUCAGCAAUUCUUUCUUGCUGCCCAGGCUGAAAAACUGAAACCAACAUGUUCAGUCAGCACUAUUUUUUUAUAGCAUGUGGCACAUUAAAUGUCCACCGGUCAUCAAUUAUAUGGCUAAAAACAGACUGGAUAUUUUUCCUUCUGGACAGAAAAAUCUCUUUCGUUCCAGAAGUCUCCUUGUCAUGUAAGACAUGACAGAUUUUAAUACACUUACACCCAGUCUUCUUAUGAAAUAGAUAUUCUCAUUAAUGAUAGGCAUCCACUCCCUUUCUGAGGAGGGAGGGUUCCUCUGGAUCUUGAUGGCAAGAAGGCUGCAGAUGGUUGCAGUGUAUUUCCAGGAGCAUGCUGCUAGUAGGGGAAUCAUUCCUUGGGCCUACUGCUUGUUUGUUUUUGAGGAGACUCUCCCAACUUUGAAUAUGGCACCACUUUUCUCCUUUACCACAGGCCAUUCUCUGUGACAAAGACCUACUGCUCCAAUACAAAAAACACCUCCCAAUACAAGAAACUUGGGAACAGAUCCCAAGAAUGUCUUAACACCAAAAUCUCCUUCUGACUUACUACCUUGGAAAGAUUUUUUGUUCCUCUCAAUUGAUGACACCUUAAGCUUAUAUCCAGGCAGCAUGGGCAACAAGCUGGAGGAGAUGGAAGCCAUUGUGCAGUGGGAAUGCUGAGACACCAUCACCAUCAGUGAAACAUGGUGGGACAACUUGCACAAAUGGAAUGCUGUGAUAGAUGGCUGCAAACCUUUCAGAAGGAAUGGGUGGGGGAGGAGAGGUGGGGAGGUAGCCAUGUAUGUUAGGAAGAGUUUCAGUUGUCUCAAGCUUAAUGAUUGUAAAAAUAGGGUUAAGUGUUUCUGGGCAAGGAUCAGAGGGAAGGACAACAAGGCAGAUAUCCUGGUAGGAAUCUGUUGUAGACCACCAGCCAGGAUGGAGAGGCAGAUGAGAUAUUCUAUAAGCAGUCACAAUUGCUUGCCCUUCUUCUCAAGGGGGUUUUCAGCUUUCCAGAUGCCUACUGUUGAUACAAUAUAGCAGAGAGGGAAAAAGAGUCCAGGAAGUUCCUGGAGUAUACGUAAGACCAUUUUCUGACACAGCAGGUCACCCAAGGGGAGGCACCUGUUGAGCCAGUUCUUUGUGAACAGAAAAGAACCGGAAGGUGAUACAGUGGUCUGAGGCAAUCUUGAGCACAGUG